AAAGCACCGCACCAGGUCAAUCCCGCACGGGCACCUAGUAUCGUAUAUCUUUCGUGCAUUCUUUUAAUUUACCUGCAGUUCCGUUCCGAAUAACAAAAUUAGAUCAAUCAAUUCGGUUUGAAAUUGCCCCCUAGCUGGCACAGCGGAACACAGGGCACACAGAAAGCACAGAUUGGCAUUUCGUUUGUAUAUUAGCCGCACGGUGCGACUUUCACUUUUUACAAUUCGCACAAGAAAAACAACAACGACAGCGACAGCAGCAGCAAAAACGACAACAACUACAAGAACAAGGGCAGCCAGCAGCAACAAAAAGAAGAGACGAAGACCCAGAGCGAUGAGCGUGGAAAAUACCAGAGCGGACAACAUCAGGCCACAGAGUGCAGCGAGAAUUGUUUAAAAAUCGGUGGAUUGCACGGCAAAUGCAAAGCGAAAUAACAAUAACAAACCAGCACAACAGGGCCGCCUGUGUGUGUGUGCGUGAGUGGUAGAGAGUGGGUGUGUGUGUGUGUGCUUGUGUGCUCCAGCGAGAGUGCCAGUGUGUGUGUGAGUACAUCGAGUACAUUUUGGGGCAUCAAAACUUUGUGUGUGUACGUGGUUUGGAUUGGAUUCGCUGCCGAAUUGGGUCAGCUCUUAGAAAUCCACCAUGGAGAGCAGGACCCAGCUUAAUCAGUCGAACCAACAGCAGCAGCAGCAGAGGAGCCUGGCCUCCUCGCCCAGUCCACCGCUCAGCGUAAAUCUCAGUGGAGGCCCUAAUGCAAAUACCACCUUGAUGGGCCUAGAGCAGGAUGCAGGAGCAGCAUCGCAGCUGGGCAGGAAUAACAACAAUAGUGGAGGCGGUGGCCACCACCGCAGCCACAGCAUCACCAAUGCGGCAGCCACAUCCUUUGUGAAUCUCCUGGACGGAUUUACGGCCCGCGUCUCCACAGCGGUGAGCGUGGCCGGUGGCACCAGCUCCAACAUGCUGAUGGACCGCAGCAGCCAGAGCGCCGCCAGCACCCCGGGAUCAACCCACUCCAUAGCCAGCCUGACCAGCAUGGGCUCGCUAGGCACCACAGCCAAUGCCCUGUACUCGUCCAUAGGCAGUGCACUCAACUCGAUCACCUCACCCAUUCAAGCAGCUGCUGCGGCGGCCACGGCCACAACCACCGAGGUGGUGGUGGCAGCCGCCUCUGUGAUCACAAACCACCUUAGCUCACCCACCAGCGGCACCCCGCCUCACGGCCUGGAUGCGGACGAGGGCGACGAUGAGUGCGACGAUUGCGAGGAGGACGAGGACGAUGCAGUGGAUUACGACGGGCACUUUGCCGCGCCCACGCCCAAUAAGAGUUGGGCCGAGAACAAGAUGGUGGUGCAGGAGAUGCGCAAAAAGAUGUGCAACCUGUCCUCCAUGGUGCCCACCAAUGUGCAGUUCCGCCACCUGUCUGAUGGUCGAGCCAGGUGCUACUUCCUGGGUACUCCACCACAGGGCUGGGAGACCACUCUGCUCUUUGCGGACAUCAAUCUGCUGCAGACGGAGGAGCAGCAGCUUUUGGUGCAGCGUCUGGAGGCGAGUGAAUCGGUUGCUGGGAGUCCCACUUUGAGUGCCGGAUCCCCCACCAGCAGCAGCCAGCAGACGGCCUUUCUCUUCAAUUCCCUGCUCAGGCCUAGACUCCCGUGGAGUCCAUUGUUACAGCAGCCCAUUCAAAGUAGUGGAGGCAGCGGCGGCAGUGGAACGGCCAGUCCCUAUGCCCGGGAGUUCCAGCUAUUGCAGGAGCGGAAACGCCUCUCCACCUGGGGCAUCACCUGCUACGAAUUGCACAAGCCCUCGGGAAAGCUAGUGUUUCCCUGCUUCAACGACCUGUACCAAUGUCUGGACACAGGAUACAAUUCUGGACUGCUGUUUCCCACGCAGCUACGCACCUGCCCGCAAUGGACGGCUCUGGAUCCUCAAAUUUGUCCGCAGAACUCCGACAUGAUAGCGUACAUCAGUGACUGCGACCUGUUCGUCACCCACACGCUAAGCGGGCACGAAAAGCGUCUCACCUCCACGUCCAACGGGCGCCACUCAUAUGUGGACGAUGCCCUGAGCGCCGGCGUGCCCUCUUACGUGAUGCAGGAGGAGUUUAGUCGUUACCAGGGUUUCUGGUGGCAGCCACAUUCCAAUGACGGCAUCUAUCGCAUUGUCUACGAGGAGGUGGAUGAAUCUGAGGUCUCAGUGUACACGUUUCCCUCGUCGACGGCCGUGCACGGCAGGGUGGAUGAGUACCGCUUUCCACGCACCGGUAGCCCCAAUGCCAAGUCAAAGCUCAAACUCGUCCAAUUCGUACUGAACGAGGCACUGCAAGUCAGCGAAAUUGCCAUCAAGGAUCUGCCGUACUCCCUGUUGGCCGUUUUCAGCUGGCUUGAGUAUAUUGUGCGUGUGGGCUGGACUCCGGAUGCUAAAUACGUAUGGGUGCAGGGACUUGAUCGGAAGCAACAGCGUUUGGAUGUAGUCCUAAUACCGCUGGAUAACUUCUGCGAGUCCUACAGCAGUCAGGUAUCCACGCCUACCGACUCUAUAGGCGACCACAGCUGGCGCAGCCUGUGUAGUCGCACAAUCACACCACUGCAGGUUAUAUACACGGAACGUUCGGAGAGCUGGAUCAAUGUGCACGACAUGCUUCACUUCCUGGAGCUGACGGAAACGAGCGUCACCUUCCUGUGGGCAUCUGAAGAGACUGGUUUCCGGCAUCUUUAUUUGGUCACCGCCAGCCUGUUGUUGAACCAAGCAAAUGGCCAGGCAGAUGUUGGAUCGGCUGCUGCCCAACCCAGUUUCGUGGAACAGUCGGCUCUGCAACCGCGCAUCCUCAACAAGGUGGCUUUGACCAGUGGAGAGUGGGAGGUGCUGGCCAGUCUCUGGGUGGACAAGGCCAACAAGCUUGUGUACUUUGUCGGACUGCGGGAUACGCCGCUGGAGAAACACCUCUACGUUGUCAGCCUGGAGCGGCCCGAGCACAUCCGCCUUCUCACGGAACCAGGAUACUCCUACCUCGUGGAGUUCGAUGAUCAAUGUCAGUUAAUGCUGCUGGUUUAUUGCAACAUCCAGCGGCUGCCCAGUUGCAAGGUGAUGCGCGUCAAUCAGACAUGCUCAAACGGCGGAGUCAACGGCAUUCAGAUAUCACUGGUUGGCUAUCUCAACGAAGGCGGAAAACCGGAGCCGCAGUACUGUCCACAAAUUUUCCGGCCCCAGCUGCCGUCGGGAGAUAUCGUUUAUGCCAUGGUCUUCAAGCCGCACAAUUUUGAGCUGCGUGUCAAGUAUCCCACGGUGCUCAACGUUUACGGAGGACCCGAGGUGCAGACCGUGAACAACACAUUUAAGGGAAAACAUCAAUUGCGGAUGCACAUGCUUGCCGCCCAGGGAUACUGUGUCAUCUGCAUCGACUCGCGAGGAUCCCGGCAUCGGGGCAAGAGAUUCGAGAGCCACAUCCGCGGUAGGAUGGGUCAGGUGGAGCUGACUGACCAGGUGGACGCUCUGCGCAUCUUGGCCGACCAGCUGGGCUACAUUGACAUGGAUCGCGUGGCUAUUCAUGGAUGGUCUUACGGUGGCUAUCUGAGCCUAAUGGUGGUUCAAUAUCCGAAAAUCUUCAAAGUGGCCAUUGCCGGGGCGCCGGUCACUAACUGGGAGUAUUACGACGGGUACACGGAGCGGUACAUGGAUCUGCCACAAAAUAACGAGGCCGGUUACUCGGCCGGAUCAGUGCUCGAAUACGUAAACUCGUUUCCCGAAGAGGACAAGCGCCUGCUGCUCAUCCACGGUCUAAUCGACGAAAACGUGCACUUCUGCCACACCUCCCGGCUGAUCAGUGCCCUGAACAAGGCUAACAAGCCGUACGAGGUGCAUCUGUUCCCCGAGGAGCGGCAUUCGUUGCGUAAUCUGGAAUCGAAUAAAAAUUACGAAACGAAAUUACUAUCAUUCUUGCAAAACUUAUGAGAUUCGUAAAUGUCGACGGCCGAAACAAGAUCGCUUGCAAGGCAACACAACUAGCCCCGACCCCCGCCCUCGCCCUUUUGAAAUAGUUUUUUACAUCAUUGUCUUUGUUUUUAUUUAACUUUUUGUUGUUCGAACACUUGUUUUUAUUCGAUAAAGAAAAUGAGAGCAAAAGAAAUUUGUAUCAUAUUUUUAGUAUACUUAAUUUAUAAAAACUCGCAGCUGUAAGUAUAAUGAAAAGUUGAAUGAAUGAACCUUUUCCGAUCCCCGCUAUGUGUCCCCCUAUAUUAGACUCUCCAGACCGAGCAGCUUACUGUAAUUAAUUUAUACUUUUUGUUUUCUCCCACGCAUCAUACUCUUAAUUAUGCUGUAAUUGUGUUUAAUUUGCGCAAAUGUACAUUUCUCCUAUCACUAAUUUUAAGUUGUGAUUUAGUGCGUCUGUACGAAUAUGUGUGAUUGUCUGCGUAAGCGUUUCCCCCAGAAAUGGAAAAAAAACAAAAAUCACCUUAAACUUGUCAUGCCUUUGGGGCAGGCCAUCAAUUACUGUUAGAUCUACGCAUGCAUAUAAAGAUAUAUCUCUUCGAUAAACCCAUAGCAAGACCUAUACAUACUUGAAUGAGUUUUAAGAAACCCACGUUUAGCUGAAGCAACAAAAAACUGAAUAAAAUCUAAUAUUAAUUAUGCCUAUAUAUAA